AGAUGUGAAUGUCAAAGCCUAAAACAAUAAAUAGAAAAACACCAUUGACCAAAAUAGUAACAAAAAUUCAUAAAAAAAGGACCAGAAAUUCUAUUUAAAGUACAUUUAAAUACCUCCACCGCAACAAAAACUCCAGCCAUGUCGAUGCGUCCAGAUGAUCACCGUCGAAAGUGGGAUCGAAAAGAGUAUGAACGUAAGGCACAAGACCGUCUCAAGGCAAAAGAUGAUGACGGCAAAGAUGAUGAAGCGCCCGUAUUUCGGGAGAUGUUAAAACGUCGUGAUUAUAAAGUCGAUUUGGAUAGUAAGCUUGGUAAAAGUGUUGUUAUCAGUAAAACAACCCCGUCUUCACAGUCAGGCGGCUACUAUUGUAAUGUAUGCGAUUGUGUGGUUAAAGAUUCGAUAAACUUUCUCGACCAUAUCAAUGGAAAGAAACAUCAACGCAAUUUGGGAAUGUCAAUGAAAGUGGAACGCUCUUCUUUGGAUCAAGUUAAAGAGCGAUUUCAACGGAAUAAAAAGAAGAUGGAGGAGAAGCAAAAAGACUAUGAUUUGGAUGUUAAAGUGCGCGAAGCAAAAGAAGAGGAAGACAGAUACAAAGAAUAUAAAAAAGAAAAGAGAAAAGAACGCAAACGAAAAGCUGACGGUGAACCUGAUGGGGAUGAUGAAACGGCUGGAAUGUCGAGUGAAAUGGCCGCAAUUAUGGGUUUCGCUGGUUUUGGCGGAGGAAAGAAAAACAAUUAAAUUUACAUUUUAUCGGAACUUUUUUUGGUGUUAUCAGGUGUAAGUAAUAAAAGAGAAAUCGAGACAAUUACAUAUUUUAACAUUUUCCGCCGAAAAUAAUUUUUACAAAACAUACUUGAUACACAUAAAUUCUCUUUAAUAAUAAAGCCUAUUUUACCAACACCACCACGAUGUUUCAGCAGAAGUUUUCAAAGUUUUACCAACAAAGCACAGAUAAAAUGGGCUCAUGUUUUUGGGAGUGUUUUGACAAAGUUAAUGAUUUUAAUGAUAACCGAAUUUCACUCUGUACAAUUUUCGCCAAUGCAUAUACACACGUACAGAUUAAUGAGAGUUUUAUGAAAAUAAAAAUAUAAAAUCAAGAA